GUCAGUUUUUUAGAACCAGAUGUCUUAACCUAAGAGAACAUCUUUAGCACUUCGACUCUGCAAUUAGAAGGCCAUUGGACACAAUGUUUGUCAGAGGAUUCGGUUUGGUGAUUCUUGUCGUUGUCGCGAUUGUAAUUGUACAUGGAAGUGAAGAGAGACGGAGGCGUUCCCCACAACUUCCUGAAAAUGACACUAAAAGUGGUGACGUCAGAAAGCGUGAGGCUCCCCCACCUCCACCAGACAACAAAAUGACUAGUGAUGGUCCAAAUGUUGGUGAAGCAAGGAAGAAACGAUCACCUCGAUGGAAGUGGGGAGGAGUUUCUACGAGGAUGCUCGAGCCUGAACAAGAAAAGAAGUGUGAGACAUUAGAGGCUAAACUAAGAAAAUGCGAAAAGAAGUGUGAGAAAUUAGAGGCUAAACUAAGAAAAUGCAUCCAAGGUUGAUUAUAAAGCAAAAUAAAUAAAUUUGAAGUGAACACUUUGCUCUUUAAAACUGAA